AUGGGGAGCUGCGAGCUGGGAAGCUCCAAACUAGGGAUAUGUGCGCUGGGGAGCUCCGAACUGGGGAGUUGUGAGCUUGGGAGUUGUGAGCUUGGGAGCUCCGAAUUGGGGAGCUCCAAACUGGGGAAGCUGCGGAGAUGGGGAGCUCCGAACUGA